CACACACACACUCGUAAUUUCGACGCUAUCUCUCUGGACUCUAGAACAUUCCGAUAUAAACCACAAGUCGACGAUUCAGAGCCGAGGAAGGGAGAAGAAAGAAGAAGAUGUCGUGGCAGACUUACGUCGACGAUCACUUGAUGUGCGAUGUUGAAGGCAACCGCCUCAUCGCCGCUGCAAUUCUCGGUCAAGACGGUAGCGUCUGGGCUCAGAGCACCAGUUUCCCUCAGUUGAAGCCAGAAGAAAUCGAAGGCAUCAACAAAGAUUUUGCUGAACCUGGAACACUUGCUCCAACAGGAUUGUUCCUUGGUGGCAACAAGUACAUGGUAAUCCAAGGAGAGCCAAAUGCUGUCAUUCGAGGAAAGAAGGGAACUGGUGGUGUUACCAUCAAGAAGACCACCCAAGCAAUGGUCUUUGGUAUCUAUGAUGAACCAAUGACUCCUGGACAAUGCAAUAUGGUUGUGGAGAGGCUCGGUGACUACCUCAUCGAAUCAGGGCUCUGAACCUAGCUGAUGCUAUAUUCAUGUUGCUGAUGUAAUAUUCUAGUUGUGUCGUGAGAGAAAACUAUAUAUAUAUCGAAGGUGAUCGAUCAUUCGACUGUGUAUUACCUACCAUGUGAUGGAUAUUGGGGUUGUAUGAUUUCUAUAACAAUAUGAUAUUCUCUCCAUUUGUGGCUGAGUUGAAAUUUUUAAUGAAUGGACAGUGAGUGUGGUGCUUUAGCUA